AAUCUUAAAAGACUGUGUUGCAAGUUGUUGUUUAAAACUGUACAUAAAAACUAAACAAAUGUGUCAAUGACUUGAUUUGUCAAUUUCAACACACACAGGGGAAGAGACAGGUUUCGACUGCGAGUUAGCUUCGGUACAUUCCGAUUAAUAUCGGGACGCUGAUACGACAUAGUAUUUUGCAUAGUACAUGCAAUAUUUUGGAUUUUGAAAAAUUACUUCUUUUGAUAAAGUGUUAAUCGAUACAAGUGAUAAUGGGUGAACCGACCCUUGAGCCAGAGUUAACUAACCGGCUAACCCGAUUCCUCCACACGGGUAAUGAGUUUCCUAGGUACUAUCCUGGGUGCUGGACCACUCAUAAGUACUUCGAGGAGGACAAGCUCCCUGUUCUCCCGCAGAUUGCUGAAAUACACCCCGGGAACACUGAAGCUGUUGACAUCAUCCUUAAGGCAAGCCAGGAUGGAUUAUACACUCGAUUUGAUGCCAUCGCAUUUGCACUGGCUAAAUGUCUGCAAAUAGGAAACAAUACCAUGAAAGAAGCUGCCUACAAAGCUGCAAUAAAAAUAUGUGUCACUCCAGAACAAAUGAUGCUCUUCACCAAGUUCACACGGCUGUUGAAAACUGGUAAUGGCCGUGGGUGGUGCCGGACUGUCAAGGAGUGGUACAGUCGUAAAGAUCCGAUGGAUCUUGCGAAGGAUGUUACGAGAGUUCGCGCACGCCACGGACGAUCUCACAAGACUCUCCUAAGAAAAUGUCAUCUCAAGGUUGCGGCUGAAGAUCAUGCUCGUGAUGCAGUUGUGAAGUACUCUAUCUAUGGCCUCAAGCACGCGAAACAAUUAAUCGGAGACAAACCGGCGACAAAAGAAAUCUUUGAUUACAUCCAGACAGUAGAGGACAUGAGGCACUGUGAGGAUCCAGUCGCAGCCGCGGCGAUAGCCACUCGGAACCAAUUCACACUUGAUCAUGUGCCUGGUCAUUUGUUGACUUCCCAGGAGGUUUGGGAUGCAGUGCUGCCUCAAUUCAGCUUGGAGGAAUUACUCCAAAACAUCCAACGCAUCCACAACAUGGGCUUCUUGUCUAGCGAGUCCACCACCACCUCGAUCCUGGUGUCUCUACUGAGCAACCAGGACAAGAUCAAGAAGUCCAAGGUGACAUCAUUGGAAGUUUAUAUCACGAUGGCUAAUUAUGCUAAGAAGUCGAAGCCUAUGAAAUACGAGAAAGCAAAGGUAGCAUUGGAGAGGGAAGCUAGACGCCGCACACGUCAGAUCUUUGACAGCAAGACGGAGACGUGGGAGUGGACCACUACGAAGCGACACCCGAGAGAGGUCAAAAAUUGGGGCAUCGACCAGCCACCAAAUCCCGCAGUGCUGACAGCUCUCAACAAGCUGGUCGAUCUCACCUGGGUACUGACCCCGGCAACUAAUGCUCGAUAUCUCAUAACGAUGGACAUGAGACACCACAUGUUCAAAGGUCGUCACUUCUGCAAGACGUUCACAGCCACAGCGAAGAAAGGUAAGAAGGCAGCCGCGAAACCAGCGCCAGCGACUGGUGGCGGCGACGCUGAUACUGAGAAGAAGAGCAAGAAGCAUCUGCUGGCAGAAUGCUUCUACAACAUGAAUAUUACUCCCGGACAUGCAGCGAUUGUCCUGGCCCUGCAGCUGCUGAAGCGCGAGAACCACGUUGAUUUGGCCGUUUUCACUGAAGAAGGAAUACAGAUAGUCAGUGUUGAACGCAAUUUUAGCAACAUCGAAGAGGCUGAGUUCUUGUUCAGAAAUGCGAACUUAGGUCGUGUGCAGCUAGAUGCACCCAUCAACUAUGCUAUAAAUAACCAUAAGAAAUACGACGUAUUUAUCAACAUGGUGGAUCGCACUACGCGCUACAUGGAACUGGACAUUAUCAACCGCGGGGGUCGUGGGCCGGGUGGUCGCUACGGACCACCGCCGCCCGCCACCAAAGAAAUACCCGACCACUGCCCCGUACGAGCUCUGCAACGAUACCGUAACUCUGAGGGCAUUUCCGAAGCCAAGUUGGUGGUGAUGAGUUUGGCUUCUCACAAAGUGUGUACUACGGAUGGUACCCACGAGGGAGUUCUUGACAUUGUUGGUGUCGACGAGUAUGUUCCCAAAAUCCUUGACGCUUUCGUACUCGGCCAGUUCAAGUGAUUGCUGCUAAAAAUAAACCCAAAACGAAUGCUUCGAAGUUUGUCAAUUUCAAAGGUCUCAAUCGAUAACGACCAAAACCUCAGUAUUUACAAUUAAAUUGUGUCCAUCAAAAAUCAUUACCACCUUGUGUUCCGAGGCUGAUACAAUUGAUAAACGGAACUGAUAUUUCUAAUAGAAAUCUGAAUGUAAUUCUGAUUGUUUAGAGAUCUUUUUUACUAUAUUUGCAUGUUUUUUAGUGUUAAUUUUGUUUUAUUCGCUUACAAGGUAGUUAUGAGACAGUUUCGUAUAAAAUAACUGUUUCUUUUAACCCUGAUUUGGAUCUCUGCUUAUGAAUUGGUAGGCGCACUCGAAUUAGUUUUAAGUUACAACACGAGUGUACACUCAGUACAUAUUAAUUGGCGCACAGCUACAGAUAUAUCGUAUUACCAGGGAACAGUUAAAUUAAUGUUAACCGUGGUAUGAUAUCGACGUUAUUGCUUUAGAGUUUAGCUUAUAAGUUUACUUAUUGACACGUGUGUUGCUUGUUAGCGUAGACUUAAUUUAAUGUUUACUAAAUGCGACUUGGCAUCCGCCAAACUACGGGAGCGAGUUUAAUGCUUAACGUUAUAUUUAGACCAGGAUAAUCAUUCUGCAUAAUACAAGUAUUUUUGAGAAAUUGUCAUCUAAACUUUGUUUGGUAGCAGAACAAGUUGUUUUACUGAACUUUUAUAUGUUCAUUAUUUAUUUAUUCUUCCCUUUUAUAUGAUAACGAAGUGUGUUACUUUAGAUAUAGAUAAGCUUAAUACGUAUAGCCUAAAUAUUCGUAACAGGGUCUUUUUGGUUAAACAAAAAUUGGCACCUGGCGCUCAUUAAUCAGUUAUGUGUUCAAUAAACAAUAACUCGCGAAGGGGGCAAACAUUGACAAAAAGGGGAAAUGUCUUUUAUUUAAAAUCUAUAAAAGAGUGUAUUUCACACAACUGUCGUACUGCACCUCCCGUAAACAAAUGUUUGAACGCCAGUACUUUUGCAGUAGUUGUUGAGUUUCAAAUUUUUAUUUAUUUCUGUUUAGACCAUUGACAGGUCACUAGUGAGGUUGUAUGUAACGUUUUUGUAUUUGCCAAAGUAAUUAUGCAUUUGUAAUUUUAUUCAAAGAGUACUGGCCCGCAAACGUGUAUUAGCAUAGAAAUUAAUUAUUAUAGCAUAUCUUGAUAAUAUAGUAUAAUGAAAUCAGGAGUGUGCUCGUGUAUUUAUUUUGUGGAACGUGUCUCAUUUACAUUUGUUGGGAUACAAUAGUCACUCACGUCCUGAGAGAAAUAAUCAAAUAAACAGACGGGCACGCAUCUGCUUUCAUGUUAUGUAGCUAAUAGGUGAAACCGUUUCAGAAUAUUGGUUACUUUUGUACUAAUAGAUAUGAGCGGACUUUUCAAAAUCUGUGAUCACUUGGUACUCUCUCGGGUUUAAGUAAUUUUUAUACCUGUAAAAGUUAAUAAAUUCAAAACUUAGAUAAAGGAACUCGAAAUUGCUAGAUAUGCUUUUUUAUUAUAUGUAUCACUAUAUUGUUGAGUAAUAUACAAUGUAAGAAUAAACUGUUAGUAUUAUGGUGGUCGAGAAUCAUUUUACUUUAUGCUUUUAUUGUGAUUGAUAUCACAUUAACCUUUGUUGUAGUUAUCAUAAAGUUUAUUUUUGGACCAUCACAGGUACUUAUUUAUUAUUUUGUGAUUCGACACAUCUGUUUCCAGUGUAUGGUUCGCAUCUCAAAAAUAGCAUUCUGUGAUUUAUAAUGCCUUGGCAACUCUGCACUUUGGUGAUAUUAUUUUUAAUCGGACUCGUUUUCUUUGAAAUCCAAAAUGAAGUUGUUAAAUUUGAAGAAAACAGCCGGUUCUAGUUUUAAUAAUAGCUUUAUAGUAUUAUGACUACAAACCAUAACUUUACUUUGUUGUUAACUGAAAGCAAGUACACGAGUACUUUAUGUUUGAAUCACGUGCAUAUUAUACGAAGCCUAGUGCAUUCUUAGACUCACUGACAAAUAAAAAAGGUCCGUCCUGACUACAAAAUGUCUGUUGUAUUUCAAUACCUAAUGUGCUUUUAGCGUUAAGUUAAAGUAGUACAUUUAUAAUCAUAUUAUUUUAACCCAUUCACAGCAGCAUAUCAAAAAAAGCACCUUAAACCUAAUGAAUAACAAAAUGUAUAACAUUCGAAAAAUGUACUUGCAUGUUUGUUUUCACGUCAAUAAAUUGUUUAAGUAAGCAUAA